UUUCUUAGCUGAAAUUAGUUGUAAGUUGAUAUUUCUAGAGUUCACAGAUGACCAAAUUUACAAAGACAAAAAAAGCACCCGAAAAAGAAGAGAUUGGAAGUAAAUAAAAUAGAAAAGCUGCUCAACCAGCAACCCCAAGUCUUCUUCAUGCAACCAGAUCUGGGCUGACGACGGAGGUGGCGGUGCUGAUCGGCUUCCUUCUGGUGCUGGUGUGGCGGAGGUCGUCCUCCGGGAAGAAGGUAAAGGCGGUGUCGUGGCCGCCGCUGGUGACUGUGGAGCCGGACCCCGAGAGGUGGAAGAAGAUCUGGGCAAGAAGAAGGUCAAUAUCUUCUUUGGCAGAUUUUGGAAGAUGACGUUAACUUGGCUGCCAUUAACUUGAAGAGACAGCAUUUUAGUGAUGUUUAAUUAUCUGGUGACGUGGCCAUUUCUGAUUGGAGGAACAGCCAAAGGGACAGCAUUUUGAGACAGCAGAUCUGGGCUCAUCACCACGAGCAUCAUUUGAUUGUCACCUCCGCAACGCACUUGGGGAAUAAAUAUGCAGACUUCAUACUUCUGAUCGACAAAUCCAUCUUCUUCUUGUAGGUGAGGAGGCUCAGCUUAGUCAUGGCAGAUGCAGUUUUCAAGACCAUCCUCAAGAGCCAGGCUCUUCAACAGUAUAUCUUGAAUACGAGUGCAUAUCCAAGAGAGCACGAACAACUCAAGGGCAUACGAGACGCAACAUUCAAAAAAUAUGGCCCAUUAAUGGAGAUGAUGGUGCCGCCUGAUGAAGGACUACUACUUUCAAUGCUUUUGAAACUGAUGAACGCCAAGAGGACACUAGAGAUUGGGGUUUUCACAGGCUAUUCUCUUCUUACUACAGCUCUUGCCUUGCCUGAUGAUGGCCAGAUAGUAGCAAUAGACCCAAAUCGAGAAGCAUAUGAAGUCGGAUUGCCAUUCAUUCAAAAGGCUGGCGUGGAGCAUAAGGUCAACUUCAUACAAUCAGAAGCCAAUCCUGUUCUCAAUGAAAUGUUAAGGAAUGAUAAAAGAGAAAUGGAUUUUGACUUUGCCUUUGUGGAUGCUGACAAGAGCAACUACAUUCAGUACCAUGAGAAACUGAUAGAGUUGGUGAAGGUAGGUGGCAUUAUUGCGUAUGAUAACACUCUAUGGUACUCUUCAGUUGCUAGUGAAGAGGAAGAAGUUCCUGAGCACCUCCGAGACAGCAGAAGGGCCAUAAUAGAACUCAAUAAUCAACUAGCCUUGGAUCCCCGGGUAGAAAUCGCUCAGAUUUCCAUCGGUGAUGGUGUCACUCUCUGCAGGCGCGCCGUCUAAUGGAAUAGCUAUUGUACUACUGGCUGCUCAACCUUAUGCAGAAACCAAGGGUUGGUAUUAGGAGUACUGACUCCUCUAUAUGCAUGGAAUAAAUGUCUUAAAAGGAUGAUUGCCCUUGGUCUUGUUAUGUUAUUUGAAGGCUUUUUAUAGGUUAUUUCUCUUCAUCUUUACUAUUUUGUUUCGAUGUGGAAAGCAUCAUUACUUUCCUAUAUGCAAUGGACUGAUGAAUGGAGCAAGAAGAGAAGGAACAG